AUGUCCAACAGCAGCUCCUUCAAUGAGUUCCUGCUAAUGGCUUUUGCAGAGAGGCGGGAGCUGCAGCUCUUGCACUUCUCCCUCUUCCUGGGCAUCUACCUGGAGGGCCUCCUGGCCAACAGCCUCAUCGUCACAGCCAUAGCCUGUGACCACCGCCUGCACACUCCCAUGUACUUCUUCCUCCUCAACCUCUCCCUCCUCGAUCUUGGCUGCAUCUCCACCACAGUGCCCAAAUCCAUGGCCAAUUCCCUGAGGAACAACAGGACCAUUUCCUACUCAGGAUGUGCUGCACAGGUAUUUUUUCUUUCCGUUUUCGCUUUGGCUGAGUAUUCUCUCAUCACAGUCAUGGCCUAUGACCGCUACGUUGCUAUUUGCAGACCCCUGCACUAUGGGACCCUCCUGGACAGCAGAGCUUGUUUCAAAAUGGCAGCAGCUGCCUGGGCCAGUGGCUUUCUGUAUGCUCUCCUGUACACUGUGAACACAUUUUCCAUUUCACUCUGCCAAGGCCGUGUGGUGGAGCAGUUCUUCUGUGAGAUGCCCCAGAUCCUCAAGCUCUCCUGCUCACACUCCUACCUCAGGGAAGCUGGGGUUACUGUGGUUACUGCUUUUAUUGUCUUUGGUUGUUUCAUUUUCAUUGUGGUGUCCUAUGUCCAGAUCUUCAGAGUUGUGCUGAGGAUCCCCUCUGAGCAGGGCCGGCACAAAGUCUUUUCCAUGUGCCUCCCACACCUGGCCAUGGUCUCCAUGUUUGUCAGCAUCGGCACAUUUGCUUACCUGAAGCCCCCCUCCAUCUCUUUCCCAGUUCUGAAUCUGGUGGUGGCCGUUCUGUACUCUCUGGUGCCUCCAACACUGAACCCCAUCAUCUACAGCAUGAGGAACAGAGAGCUCAAGGACUCACUGAAGAAACUGGCUCAGUCAGUCCUAGAAAAAAGCUCCCUGUGGUUUAGAUUAGACAUCUAA